AUGUUAAAAGCACUCUCUACAUUCUAUCUAAAUCGACAGACACCGAUUGCCCAAUUCGCUAAGUAAAUCACAUUUGAAAAAUGGAAUGUGAUCAAAGGCGACAAAGUUGUUGUUGUCUCAGGAAAGGAUUCUGGAAAAACAGGAACAGUUUUGAGAGUUUAUCGUAAAUCAAAUGAAGUGCUCGUCCAAGGAAUCAACCAGAAAUUCAAAAGAAAGGCCUAAUUAGACGAUCCCUCAGGAUCUGGUGUUCAAUAAAUCACUAGACCCAUUCAUCUAAGUAAAAUAGCACUCAUUGAUCCUGAAAAAGGCAAACCAACCAAAGUAUAAAUCCACUAUAGGAUUAGGUUCAAAGAGGGUUUUUAGAGGAUGGCACACCUGUGAGAGUCUCAAAAUUGAGCGGAGCCAUUAUCCCAAAAGCUGUGGAUCCUGCCAAAUCACCUGCACAUAGACAUAGGAAUAAAGUGGAUGGCAUCAAAGAUACAUCUCCUGCUCUUGCCUUGUAGGUCACUUAUAAAGGCGAAGACUUUUCUGCAAUUAAAGCCGAAUUCGAUUCAUUCAUAGCUGAGAAAGAGAGAAAGGAAUAAUUGUUAUGGUUUGAUAAGUGAAUUAUAAAUAUAUAAUGAAAAAUAAUAAAAC